AUGGCACGGCACUGCCAUAAUCAGUUUGAUAGCACACCCGUAACUGUUUCAUUCCUCCUCCCAACUGAGCCCCCUUGCCUACUCUUUCCAAUGACUGCAGAUACGACAAACUCCCCAACCGACCCCAACUGCCUUCAUGACACUCUUUCCAACCUGUUGGAAUACUCUUUUGAAUUCAGUCACCUCUGUAGCAUCACUGCCUUGGGUGGACGAGAGGCCUGUUGUGGUCGCAUAAAAACGGCUGUCCGGAGGCGCAGCUGUUUCAUCGGCCUGCUUUCGGGAGCACAGGGGGAUAUGACCACAAUCGGCUUGGUCAUGAGUCUGGGGUCGGCUGAAUUGGUGCCCAGCGGAAGCCUGUUUCGUGCCUCCACCCCUGAACUGCUGUGA